AUGGUAUCACAUAAAAUGUUUUCAAUGAAAACUCCCGUCGGUGAAAAAUCAUUUUGUUCAGAAAUGUGUUUUUCACAAUGUCGAAGAGCUAAUUUCAAAAGGAAUAAAACUUGCGAUUGGUGCAGACACAUUCGUCACACCGUUAAUUACGUAGAUUUUCAAGAUGGCGAACAUCAAUUGCAAUUUUGCAGUGACAAAUGUUUAAAUCAAUAUAAAAUGAAUAUUUUUUGCAAGGAAACGGAAGCUCACCUUCAACUUCAUCCUCAUCUUCAAGGUUUAGGAUCGAGCGGGGGUAGCAACGGUAAGGGAAAUGCAUCCGUUCGACUGAUAACUCCGGAAUUAUGGCUUAGAGAUUGUAGAUCGGAAUCACCGAUUUCGGAUCGUUCGUUAUCCCCGCAAGACAACAACAAUUCAUCAUCAUCACCUAUAGAAAUAAAAGUAGUCAUGAGACCUCCGAAUGAAAAUUCACAAUUAACGGUUAAACCUUCUCCGCCGCCGUCACUCACUCCUUCCACGUUAGAAAUAACAAAAGUCGAUAGGAAAGAGAGGGGAACGCAUCGUGAGAAAUCACGAAAAACCGGUAGUAUUUUAAGUAAGAGUAAAAGACAGGGUCGAUAUGGGUCGGGAAACAACGAGCGACGGGGGUCUUCGUUGUCACCUCGUAAUAGAGAAAAUCUAACACCCCCCAAACCAAAUAUUUUUCCUCCGUCAUUUUUCCCAUUAAACGGCACGUCUUUGCCAACCAUGCAUCCUCCUCAUCCUGCUCCUCCUCCACCUCCGCACAACGGUAUGCCACCCGAUCACGGUUUACUAAAACCCCCAUUCCUACCCCUCGGUUGUUUUCCUCCGCCUCCACCACCACCACCGCCGCCGCCUCCUCCUCCUCCUACGGGCCCAAGAAAUUUUCAAAGGCCCGGAGGACAAAUCCACCAUCGGCCUCCUUUGAUCUCGCCACCCAGUCCAUCCGGUCCAACUGUGAUAAAUAAACCGAUUAGAAAUCCAUUACUUCCACCCCCCAGAUCUCUUCUACCUCCAGUCACCGUUUUAGUACCUUAUCCCGUAGCAUUAGCCAUACCUAUUCCAUUACCCAUCCCUAUUCCAAUCCCACUUUUCCCCUUGAAAAAAUUAAAAAAAGAAGGCGAAGACAACGAGGAGGAACCAGUUAAAAAAAAUGAUGAUUCAAAGACUUCACAGGAAACAGUACCUGAUAGCGAACCCGAAGCGAUUAUUCCACGGCCAUUGAGAAAACGGAAAAGACCAUCGGAAUUUCGCGUACCGGAAACUACGACGGAACAAGACGAAGAAAAUUCUCGGAAAAUUGCACCGCCCUCUCCUUGUCCGACGUCCGAUUUAAUUAUAAAACAAAAUAAAAGAACCAUUUUGAAAACAUAA